UAACGAAACAGUGAUAUAAUGCACUAAAAAAUAGACAAUAGGGAAAAUGAGGCCCGUGGCUGAGGAUCUAGCUUAGGGAGGGGAAGAACCUAGGAAGGCGAGAGACUGGAGCGGAGGGGACGUAUGGGACAAGUUAUUUUCCCCAGUAUAAGUCUCGUGAAGGAAGGGAUAUCAUGUCCAAGAUAUUAUGUUCUGUUACACAAAUACUGGGCUGGAUCUUUUUCUUACUAGAGUACGGUUUCGAACCCCUUUUUGGGCCAGAAAUAUGGGCAGCAUUCGGCCUGCAACAGCCUGGUUAAUGAGGAAUUGCGACGGCGCAAGCAAGCAAGCCGCACUAGCAGUUUGAUUUCUCAAACAUAUUAGGAUCACUCGCUUCACGUCAGCACAGCGAAUACUAUCCAAUGCAUUAACAGUUCAUUAUUGUAUCGUUUGGUUCUCCUUUUUGGCAUGUUUAAUAAAUUUAGAGGCAUCCAUUUUCGAAUUUGGUCUUAUAUAUUUAUUAUAUACUCACCUCUUAUAUAUUUGCUGAACUUUUAUAUCAUAAUCUUGUCUAGAUGUCUGUAUGAAUUGCUGACUAGCAUUGAAGCAUGUCAUUUGAUACAUUAUUUGAAUUGGGAGCUUUUUACUGUUAACCUAGGGAGUUUGCUAUAAUGGGCACCAAGAUUGCAUUUAAAUGGUCGAAAAAAAUAACUUCUUCUCAAGUGGUGCACUUAAUAAAAGCAGAGAGGAACGUAGACAAGGCUCUUGCUAUAUUUGAUUUGGCAACAGCUGAGUAUGCCAAUGGUUUUCGUCAUGAUCACAGCACUUUUGGUGUUAUAAUAAAUAGAUUAGUUUCUGCAAACAAAUUUGGACCAGCUGAAGAUCUUCUUGAUAGAAUGAAAGAAGAAAAGUGUGAUGUAAGAGAAGAUAUCUUCCUUUCUAUUUGUAGAGGGUAUGGAAGGGUUCAUAGACCAUUAGAUGCCAUGAGGGUCUUUGGUAAGAUGAAGGACUUCCAAUGUGAACCCAGUAAAAGAUCUUAUAUUACUAUGUUUGAUAUUCUGGUUGAUGAGAACCAGUUAAAGCUCGCUUUUAGGUUUUACAGGCAUAUGAGAGAAGUAGGUGUUCAAACUAGUGUUGUCACCCUGAAUAUUUUGAUUAAAGCACUCUGUAAGAAUAGUGGAACCUUGGAUUCCGCUAUUCAUAUAUUUCGUGAAAUGCCCAAUCGUGGGUGUCCUCCAGAUUCUUAUACUUACGGAACUUUGAUUAAUGGGUUGUGUAAAUUCGGAAAGUUAACGGAUGCAAAGGUUUUUUUUGAAGAGAUGAAAAUGAGAGAUUGUUCUCCUUCUGUUAUUACAUAUUCAUCCUUGAUACAUGGGUUAUGUCAGUCAAAUAAUAUAAAUGAAGCUUUGGAUUUGCUUGAGGAAAUGAAAAACAAUGGUAUGGAGCCAAAUGUGUUUACUUAUAGUUCUUUAAUGGAUGGUCUCUGCAAGGAUAGUCGUUCUUCCAAAGCGAUGGAACUACUGGAGACAAUGGUUAGCAAACGUUGUAAACCAAACAUGAUAACUUAUAGUAGCUUAAUUCAUGGACUAUGUAAAGAGGGAAGGCUUCAUCAAGCUGUGGAGAUUCUUGACAGGAUGAAACUUCAGGGUCUGCAACCAGAUGCAGGAUUGUACGGGAAAAUCAUAAGCGGAUUCUGUGAUGUCAACAAGUUUGAGGAGGCAGCACGUUUCCUUGAUGAGAUGGUUUUAGACAGAAUCUUGCCAAACAGAUUAACUUGGAGUCUUCAUGUUAGGAUUCAUAAUAUGGUGGUCCAAGGCCUUUGUACCAAGAGUGAUUCAAGUCGAGCUUUCAAGUUGUAUCUAAGCAUGAGAACUAGGGCCAUCUCUGUUGAGAUUGCGACUUUCGAGAUUCUUAUGAAAUCUUUCGUUAAGGAUGGAGACCUACACAAAGCUGCUCGUAUUGUUGAUGAAAUGCUGAUUGAUGGAUGUACUCCAAAAGAGGGAGAAUGGAGUAUGCUUCUUGGUGCAUUUUGGAAUCAAACAAUGGUUCAAGAAGCUGUUGAGUUGUUUCAGGCUGAGGUGAUGAGUGAACUUGCGGAAGCUGACAUUACAAUUCAAAGAUGAAGCCUUUUGAUUUGGUAUGCAAGUUUUGCUGUUAAUUAUUCUAAUUACAUAUUUCUGGCUUGGCCUAACUUUCGAAUAGACUUGAUAAUUUUGUAAAAAUGUUUUAUGAUUUUGAAAAUGUACAAAAAAAAAUAAUUGACAGACAGGAAAGAA